UGUGUUCGCGCGGUCGAUACGAAGCUGUGAAUAUGUUUUAAAGUGAAUAUUGCUCAGUGUUUUGUCAAAUAGAAGUUACUGAAGUGGAUCUAAAAGGAUUCACAGGAAAGCGGAUUACCAGUGUCUACUCUUUGAAUACUAAAAGGAUAACGGAUUACCAGUGAUAUAUGAAGCUGUUAUAUUAAAUAACAAGGAUAUUUUUUCCAGCCAUAAAAUGGCAAACAAGUUAAUAUACUGUUUGGCAUGGCUGCUUAUUUUUUCUAGCAUUGUAAAUGCUAAUGAAGGCGAUAUUGUGAUGUCAGACGUCGAAGACGAGACUAUAGAUCCCGUCGUUCAGGCUGUACCGGAAGAUGUCGAUAAGGAACGCGUCGAGCGCCAUAUUGGUCUUUUUAAGACCAAGCAAGCGCCGCCUAUGAGCUAUAGCCAAAGUGACGCUGCCGCUCAAGCUGGAGGCGGAGGUAGAGGUUAUGCUCCACAUUCUGGGGGAAUAAUCGGAGGCUUUAAAGCAUCAGGGGUCAACGGCAACUUUUAUGGUCACCAAGUACAGCAACUGAGAGCCUAUGGCAAGUGCUCCGCAAUGGAACUGCCUCCAAACGUGAUGUCCAAAUGCGAUGGGUCUGGUCGUUGUCAAGUCUAUUGCCCAAAUGGUUAUAUAUUCUUCGAGAACGUAAAUACGCUGGACUUGUUUUGCAGCAACGAUGGUUGGAUAAUACGCAACUCGCGCUUGACUACAAUACCGGCGUGUCAGGCUAUAUGCAUACCAAAAUGUGAGAAUAAUGGCUUUUGCAUAUCAGCUGGCGUAUGUCAGUGCCCGGAGAACUUCUCAGGUCCGCUGUGUCAGCACAAGAGGUCCGUGUGUGCCGCCAAGCCUCCUGUGCCCAAGAACUCGAGGCUAACCUGCAUGAACAACAUAUGCAAUGCAGCAUGCAUGCGUGGAUUCCAGUAUCCCGAUGGAAGCGCCAUAACCAACAUUGAGUGUCGCAAUGGUCAAUGGAUUCACACCAAAAGCGGCCUGGCAAAGAUACCCGAUUGUGCACCGACCUGUUCACCGGCUUGCCAGAAUGGUGGCCAAUGCAUCAGUUUCAACGUUUGCCAAUGCUCCAAGAUGCAUCGCGGUGCAUUCUGUCAAUACGAAGUUGCAAACUGUAAUGUGACCAAAUCCCAAUUUAAUGGAAACUACAAGUGUGCCUUUGACAUGGAGGAGGCACGUUGUACCUUCAGCUGUCCAGUUUUGCCAGGCUUAAAGGUGCAAGGACGCUUGGAUAUUGAGUACAAGUGUAGUUAUCAGCAGGGUGUUUUUUUACCCGCACCAGUUCCAAAGUGCAUUUUCCCACCUAAUUAUGCCAUUAAAUCCGGCGGUGUGCAAAUGCAUGAAGCUCAUCACGCAGGACACACAUACCAUGGUGCUUUCAGUGGCGAAUAUAGUUCAGAAAUUAGAAGCCAGCGUGAAAUUCUGUUGGCAUUGCUGGCCAAAUAUAAAGAUCUGGAACGAAGAAGUGAAUGGUGGUCAUCGGAGGAAACAGUGACAACGCCUGGCUGCUACUCCUUGUACAUGAGCGGCGAAGUGGACGUAGUUAUUGAUAAGUCCCCAAGACCCUCGAUGUGCACCACCUGGGGUGGCAUCAAUAUGAAAACGUUUGAUGGCUUGGUUUUCAAAGCUCCAUUAUCCUGUUCACAUACGUUGACCAUGGAUAAGGUGUCGGGAACUUUUGAUAUCACCCUUAAGGCAUGUCCCUAUGGCUCUGGAUAUGGCUGUGCGCACACUCUGAAGAUUCUGUGGCAAUCGGUGCUUUAUACACUGGAAAAUUUGAAUGGCACAAUGCGGCUGUCCACGCCCACUAAAGAGCUGCCUAUUCCCGUGCAAGUGAUGGGCAUGAAGGUGAUGCCAGUGGCGCAACAUGUGCAAAUUGAUCUGGAAUCAAUUGGAAUGAAGCUGGACUGGGAUCAUCAUCAGUAUGUGGCUGUACACGCUGGUCAGGCCAUGUGGGGCAAAUUGGGUGGUCUUUGUGGCUCCCUCGAUGGCGACUACAGCAACGAUUUGAUGUCCCGAACAGGCAAGAAACUGGAAACGGUUAAAGCAUUCGCCGAUGCAUGGCGUGUGGCUGAUAGCAGUGAAAUGUGUCGCGUUGAGAAUAGUGCCGAAAUGGAAUUUGGCAUGGAAUCAUGUGAGCAGAGCAAGCUCCAAAAAGCUGUCAGCAUCUGUGAACGUCUCCUGGCCAAUGAGAAGCUAAGCGAUUGCAUCAAGCCCUUCAAUUAUGAUGCACUCAUACGCACCUGCAUUGCCGACUACUGCAAUUGCCCCAAUCGAGAGCAGCCCGAGAGCUGCAAUUGUGAUGCAAUCGCCAUGCUGGCCAAGGAGUGCAUGUUCAAGGGUAUUCAAUUGCAACACGGCUGGCGCAAUCUGGAAAUAUGCCCUAUUAGCUGCGGCUUUGGACGCGUCUAUCACGCUUGUGGACCGGAUGUGGAGCCCACCUGUGAAUCGGAUUUGAAUUCCGUUGCGCCCACAAAAGGGAAAUGCAAUGAGGGUUGUUUCUGCCCAGAGGGCACCGUACAAUACAAGGAUGCGUGCAUUACACGAGAGCUAUGUCCCUGCACACUACGAGGACAUGAAUUCAAGCCCGAGGCGACGAUCAAGAAAAGCUGCAACACCUGCACCUGUAAGAAUGGCCAAUGGAAGUGCACGGAUGAUAGAUGUGGUGCUCGUUGUGGAGCCAUUGGUGAUCCCCAUUAUCAGACUUUCGAUGGCAAGCGCUACGACUUUAUGGGCAAAUGCUCCUACUAUUUGAUCAAGACGCCAAAUAUGUCUGUGGAGGCGGAGAAUGUUGCCUGCUCCGGUGUCGUAUCGGAGGCAUUGAGCUAUGCUGCUCCGGAUGAUCCUUCGUGCACCAAAUCUGUGACCAUACGUUUCUUGCUGCGCGAUGGCACUCCGGCUACAAUCAAACUGGAUCAGGGAUUGACCACUGUGAUAAAUGGCAAGGCCAUUGCCAAGUUGCCCAAGAUUUUGGGAGCUGGUGAGGUGUUGAUACGACGGGCCAGCUCCACAUUUUUGACUGUGGAGUUUGCCGGCGCCAUACGCAUCUGGUGGGACGGCGUCUCACGCGUCUAUGUGGAUGCACCGCCAAGUUGGCGUGGUCAGACCCAAGGAUUGUGCGGUACCUUCAAUUCCAAUACGCAGGAUGACUUUCUAACGCCCGAGGGUGAUGUUGAAACGGCUGUCGAAGCAUUCGCGGACAAAUGGCGUACCAAGGACACGUGCCAGUUCCAGGCGGAGACACAUCAAGGACCGCAUCCAUGUACCUUGAGUCCAGAGAAGAAGGCGAUUGCCGAAAAGCAUUGUGACUGGAUAUUGCAGGAAAUCUUUCAGGAAUGCCACUUUACGGUGGAGCCGGAACAGUUCUAUGAGGAUUGUCUCUACGAUACUUGCGCCUGCAAAGAUGAUCCUGCCAAAUGCUUCUGUCCCAUUCUCUCCGCCUAUGGCACCGAGUGCAUGCGACAGGGCGUCAAAACCGGAUGGCGUAUGUCCGUCAAGGAGUGCGCUGUCAAGUGUCCCAUGGGUCAAGUGUAUGACGAAUGCGGCGAUGGCUGUGCCUUAACCUGCGAUGAUUUGCCCAGCAAGAGCAGUUGCACCCGGGAAUGUGUCGAAGGUUGUCGCUGUCCACAUGGCGAGUACAUCAAUGAUGACGGCGUCUGUGUUCCCAAGCAUAAAUGCCACUGCAGCUUCGAUGGCAUGAUCUUCCGGCCUGGCUAUAAGGAAGUGCGACCCGGCGAGAAGUUCCUUGAUCUUUGCACCUGCAUUGAUGGCGUUUGGGAUUGUCAGGAUGCUGAUCCAGGCGAUGAUGUCAAGUAUCCACCCUCAUCCGAGCUGCGCAGCAAAUGCAUCAAGCAACCCUAUGCAGAGUUCACCAAAUGCGCUCCCAAGGAACCGAAAACAUGCAAGAACAUGGACAAGUAUGUAGCCGACUCAUCGGAAUGUCUGCCUGGCUGUGUGUGCAUGGUUGGCUAUGUCUAUGACACAUCCCGUCAAGCUUGUGUGCUGCCCACAAACUGUUCCUGUCAUCAUGCGGGCAAGAGCUACGACGAUGGCGAGAAGAUCAAGGAGGAUUGCAAUUCUUGUGUUUGCCAGUCGGGCAACUGGAAGUGCUCGGAGAAUGGCUGUGAAUCCACCUGCAGCGUGUGGGGAGAUUCACAUUUCACCACCUACGAUGGUCAUGACUUUGACUUUCAGGGCGCCUGUGAUUAUGUUCUCUCCAAAGGUGUCUUUGAUAAUGGCGAUGGUUUCAGCAUUACCAUUCAAAAUGUGCUGUGUGGGACAAUGGGAGUCACUUGCUCCAAGUCUUUGGAAAUCGCUAUAAGUGGACGUGUUCAGGAAUCUCUGUUGCUCAGUUCGGAUGCCAGCUAUAGCGUCGAUCCCAAUAAGUCGACCAUUAAAAAACUACGCGAUAGUGUGAAUUCCAAAGGACACAACGCCUUCCACAUCUACAAGGCUGGUGUCUUUAUCGUAAUCGAGGUGAUUCCACUUAAGUUGCAGGUGAAAUGGGAUGAGGGCACUCGAGUCUAUGUGAAAUUGGGCAACGAAUGGCGGAACAAGGUUAGCGGUCUGUGUGGCAACUACAAUGGAAAUGGCUUGGAUGAUAUGCAAACGCCAUCAUUGGGCUUGGAAACGAGUGCAACGUUGUUUGGCCAUUCCUGGAAACUGCAGCCACAUUGUGCUGCACCUGUGGCACCAAUCGAUGCCUGUCGUCAGCAUCCGGAGCGGGAGACGUGGGCUCAGUUGAAGUGUGGCGCCUUAAAGUCGGAACUCUUUGCUCCGUGCCACAGCGAGGUACCAUUGGAUCGUUACCUGAAGCGCUGCAUCUUCGAUACAUGCGCCUGCGAUCAGGGCGGAGAUUGCGAGUGCUUGUGCACCGCUGUGGCAGCCUAUGCGGAUGCCUGCGCCCAAAAGGGCAUCAACAUACGCUGGCGAUCGCAGCACUUCUGCCCCAUGCAAUGUGAUCCACACUGCUCGGAUUACAAGUCCUGCACUCCUGCGUGUGCCGUCGAGACUUGUGAUAACUUCCUGGAUCAAGGCAUCACAGAGCGCAUGUGCAACCGUGAAAACUGCAUUGAAGGCUGUCACAUCAAGCCCUGCGAGGAUGGCUUCAUCUAUUUGAAUGAUACGUACAGGGACUGCGUGCCAAAGGCGCAAUGCAAGCCAGUGUGCAUGAUGAAGGAUGACAAGACCUACUACGAGGGUGAUAUUACCUUCCAGGAUGCCUGUGCCACCUGUCGUUGCUCGAAGCGCAAGGAAAUCUGCAGCGGGGUUAAAUGUGAUGCACCUGUGGUACUUCCCACGCCAGUUCCGUACAUAGAUGGAACCACUGCACCUCCGUUGGCCACACAGAACCAGACGAAAUGUGUGCGUGGUUGGACACGUUGGUUUGACAAGGAUGCGGAUGCCACGGAGAAGAGUGUGCGCCUCAAUGAUGAGGAGAAGCUGCCUCGCUAUGAUCGCCUCGAGAGUAUCUAUGGCACCUGCCUCAAGCAGUACAUGACCAAGGUGGAGUGCCGUGUCAAGGACACACACGAGCCACCCGAACAAAUGGAUGAGAAUGUCAGUUGCAAUCUGGUGGACGGUUUACGUUGCAUUGGCAAGUGUCAUGACUACGAAUUACGCGCCUUUUGUCAGUGCGAUGCGGAGCCCGAAGUAACAACAGUCAAGCCAAUUGACAAGCCGCAAAUCGGCACAGGCUGCGAUAAAGUCAUUGCGGAGUACAAGGAGUAUCCUGGUGAUUGCCAUAAGUUCCUGCACUGUCAGCCCAUGGGCGUAGACGGGGGCCAUAUCUAUGUGGAAAAGACCUGCGGCGAGUACAUGAUGUUCAAUCCCACCACCUCCAUUUGCGAUCACAUUGCCAUUGUUCAGGAACUGAUCCCCAGCUGCGGCAAGCCCAAAAUCGACCUGGAAAUAGACAUCAAGCAGUGCGAUGAUGGCAAAGUUUGGUCAGAAUGUGCCAAUCAAUGUGAGCACACUUGUCACUACUACGGCAGCAUUCUACGGAAACGUGGACUCUGCCAGCGCGGUGAGCACUGUAAGCCUGGAUGUGUGGACAAACUGCGUCCAGAUUGUCCCAAUAUGGGCAAAUAUUGGCGUGAUGAGGACACCUGCGUGCAUGCUGAUGAAUGUCCCUGCAUGGAUAAAUCGGAAAAGUAUGUCCAGCCCCACAGUCCUGUUAUUGCCGAGUUUGAGAUUUGCCAAUGCAUGGAUAAUGCAUUCACAUGUGUCCCCAACAAACCGGAGCCAACGCCAGUGCCAACACCACUACCAUUUGAGCCAGCUGUUCCCAUUAUUCCAGUUACUCUGACUCCGCCCAUGCACUGUGCACCCGAGCGUCUCAUUCCAGCUAUUGAAAAUGGACCGCUUUCAUUGCCUGACAGCAUUUUCAAUGCCAGCUCCCAGUUGGCCCCUGACCACGCCCCCUACAAGGCCCGUUUGCGUAAGCUACCUGGCGACAGCAGUUGGUCACCUCAGAUCAACGAUCAAAUGCAGUAUCUGGAGCUGAACUUGGGAAGCAAGGAGCCUAUCUAUGGUGUCAUCAUGGCGGGAAGCCCCGAAUUCAACAACUAUGUCACGCUUUUCAAGAUUCUGCAUAGUCACGAUGGCAUUGCCUAUAACUACUUGGUAGAUGAGACGGAUAAGCCACAAAUGUUCAAUGGACCCCUCGAUUCCCGAGAACCUGUAAAGACACUGUUCAAGAUUCCCAUCGAGGCCAGUUCGCUCAGAAUUUAUCCUCUGAAAUGGCAUGGAUCCAUUGCAAUGCGAGUGGAGCUGUUGAUUUGUGGCGAGUUACCGACUGUCGUGCCACCAACAACGGUGCCAACAAGCACGGAACAUCCGCCACAGCAUUAUGAGCUUGAGUGUGUCGAUGAAAUGGGUGUGGAUAAGGGAGAGAUGCACGAGCAACAGCUGCAGGCGAGCAGCUUGUGGCACUUACCUCAAUCGGAGAGAAAGCCACGACUCCUUGAUCUGCUGAAGCUAUCGACGCCACUUGCUUGGCGUCCACUUGCCAAUACUCCCAAUGAGUUCGUUGAAUUUGAUUUCCUGGAACCACGAAAUGUUUCCGGUUUCAUAACCAAGGGUGGCUCAGACGGUUGGGUAACUGGCUACAAGGUAAUGUUCUCCAAGAGGAAACCUACCUGGAACACAGUACUAGCUCCCAAUGGACAGCCGCGCAUAUUUGAGGCAAAUGUGGACGAGAACUCACCAAGAACUCAUCACUUCAAGAAGCCCAUUCUGACGCAAUAUCUGAAAUUGGUGCCAGCCAAGUGGGAACGCAAUAUAAACAUGCGCAUUGAGCCUUUGGGAUGCUUUAAGCCAUACCCUGCUGUAAAGGAAGAAAUUCGCGAGGAAGAACAUGAACCCACCAAGUGCAAUGUUUGUGAGGGCAUUGUGAGCAGCAGCUCCAGUUCCAAGUGCCAAUGCAGUGAUCAGCUUUACUGGAAUGGCAACAAGUGUGUGCAGCGUAACCUGUGUCCUUGUGUGGAGAACUAUGUCAGCUAUCCAAUAGGCAGCAAGUUUGAGAAUGCAGCUUGCGAGGAAUGUGUCUGCGUUUUGGGUGGUCGCAACAACUGCAAGCCCAAGAAGUGUCCCCCCUGCGAGGCACGACAUCUGCGUCCGGUUAUAACCAGCGGUUGCUUCUGUAAAUGUGAACCGUGUCCCAAGCACCAGCGUUUGUGUCCUUCCAGUGGCGAUUGUAUACCAGAGAUUCUAUGGUGCAAUGGUGUCCAGGAUUGUGCUGAUGAUGAGGAUGAUGCCAGCUGUCGCCAUUCGUUCACCGUUGAGCCAGAUAUUAACCGCGAGAAGAAUGAGACCACGAUUAUAACGUGUCCUGCACCAGUUUGUCCACCUCAGAUGAAAAUUAAAAUCAUUGAAAAGAAGGCCCGCAAAAUGUCGAAAAUCUUUACGUUCCACAAACAAGUGUCAAUUGUGGAUGAUGGCGUUAGCAUAACGAAAACGAAAUUUGUUUCAUCGAAUGAGAAAAUAUUGGCAAUGCCCAACAGUGAACUAAACUAUCAGGAGGAGGAAGAGUGCAGCGAAUUCACCUGUGUUCCCAUUCCCACCAAAGAGGUGAACAAGAAUGAAACCAUCACCUGCUCCGAACCCAAGUGUCCAGAAAAAUACGAUGUGGAGCUGGACAUGAGCAAUGCCAAGGCAGGCGAUUGCCUCAGGUACACUUGUGUACUGCGACCCAACAAGGAUGAUGUCUGCGAGAUUAGCGGCAAGAGUUUUACCACCUUUGAUGGCACUCUGUUCAAAUAUAGUCCCUGCAGUCACAUUCUAGCCAGAGAUAUUCACAAUGGCAGUUGGACCAUAUCAGUGCAUCAACAGUGCACAGAUGAGACGCGCAAGAUUUGCCACAAGGUGGUGACCAUUACGGAUCUUUUGGCAGGCAAUGAGUUGGUGCUGUUGCCACAGCUAAAGCUGAAAUUCAAUGGCUUCCAGUUUACUGUGGAACAGCUCAUCACUUCGCCCAUUUGUAAGGCCUCAUUUGUGGUAUCUCAGCCGGGCAAGACGCUGCUCGCUGUGUCCACAAAGUACGGCUUCUGGGUGCAAUUGGAUGAUAUUGGAAUUCUUAAGGUCGGCAUCUCCUCCAAGUUCAUACGCACUGUGGAUGGCCUGUGCGGUUACUACAAUGGCAAUCCACGUGAUGACAAGCGCACACCAGAUGGCCAAGUGUUGGCCAAUACGGACAAGUUUGGCAACAGCUGGUACGACAAGCGUAUUCCCUUGGAUCAGUGUGGAGAUCAGAAAUGCACCAGACAGCUACAGGCCAAGGCGUUGCAAUUGUGUAACAUUAUCAAUCAUCCCACAUUUGCCAAAUGCCACAAGGCGGUCAACUAUAAGCAAUUCUCGAACAAUUAUUGCCUCGAGGCAGCCUGUGACUGUCUGUUGGCCAAUAAUGGCGAUGCCUCUGCCUGCAAGUGCAACAUACUGGAGAGUUUUGUGAAGAAGUGUCUCAGCGUGAAUCCUCUAGCUCAGCUGACCACCUGGCGAGCAGUGCAUCAAUGUGAGAUUAGCUGUCCCGCGCCUCUGGUGCACUCGGAUUGCUACAAACGACGCUGUGAGCCAUCGUGUGACAAUUUGCACGGCGAUGACUGUCCUGUUCUGCCGGAUGUCUGCUUCCCGGGCUGUUACUGUCCAGAGGGAACGGUUCGCAAGGGUCCCAAUUGUGUGCCCAUUGCGGAGUGCAAGGAUUGUGUCUGCAAAUCGUUGGGUAACUCCAAGCACUUGACCUAUGAUCGCAAGAGCUUCAGCUUCAAUGGCAACUGCACCUAUCUUCUGUCUCGGGAUGUGGUGCUGCCGGGUGUGCAUACUUUCCAGGUGUAUGUCACCAUGGAUGACUGCAAGAAACUGGGCCAAGCCAGUGCCAUCGAUGGUGCCAGUUGUGCCAAGUCGCUGCAUGUGCUCAAUGGCGAUCAUGUGAUUCAUGUGCAGCGUGUGAAGCAUCAGCCAAAAGCGCUCCAGGUGCUGGUCGAUGGCUUCGAAGUGAAGAAGAUGCCCUACAAGGACAGCUGGAUCACGUUGCGCCAGGUGGAGGGCAAGGAGUUGGUGCUGUCACUGCCCGAAUCCCAUGUAGAGUUGACAGCCUCGUUUGAGGAUUUGAUCUUCACGUUGGGUGUGCCCAGCAUCAAGUAUGGCAGCAAAAUGGAGGGACUGUGUGGAGACUGUAAUGAAGAUGCCAGCAAUGACCUGCAACCGAAUCCGGCCAAGAGGAAGCCGGGCAUAGAUGUCAUCCAGAGCUGGCAGGCAGAUGAGCCCAAGCUGGGCCUCACCGAUGCCCAGGAGUGCUUGAGUGAGAAUGUGCCCAAGGAUCACUGCAUACCGCUGCCGCCAGAAAAGGAUCCCUGCCUGCAGUUCUACAAUGAGGAGCUGUUCGGCAAGUGCUCCUUGGUUGUGGAUCCCAUUGCCCAUGUGUCCGCCUGCCAGCAGGACAUCUGCAAGCCGGGAAACACUCAGCAGGGCGUCUGCAUGUCCCUGGCUGCCUAUGCCAAGGAGUGCAACAAACAGGGCAUCUGCACCAACUGGCGACGUCCAGAGAUGUGUCCAUAUGAAUGCCCCAGCGACAUGGUCUACAUGUCCUGCGGCUGCGCCAAGAGCUGUGAUACCGUCAAGGCCAUGUCCGAAUAUGAUGCGGUCAACAUUAAGACUCAGUCCGUGUUCCACACGCUGAAUAGCGAUGACAUGUGUCUGAGCUCGGAGCGCUUUGAAGGCUGCUUCUGUCCGCCGGGACAGGUCAUGGAUGCCGGCAAGUGUAUACCGGAAGCAGCGUGCACCAAAUGCGAUGACGGACUGCAUCUGCCGGGAGAGAAGUGGCAGCCUGACAAGUGCACUGACUGUCACUGCGAUGUCAAGGGCAAGACUUCUUGUGUCCAGAAGAAGUGUCAAGUGGAGGAGAACAUCUGCGCCGAGGGAUAUAAGCCAGAAACCAUUACCAAAGCCGACGAAUGCUGUCCACGCUAUCGAUGUGUGCCGGAGCUCAAGGAAUCGCAGAAACUGUGCCUCGCUCCGUUGAUGCCUGUCUGUGGUCCUGGCCAGUUUAAGAAGCAGAAAAACGAUAUCAACGGCUGUCCUCAGUACAUUUGUGAAUGCAAACCAAAGGAGGAUUGUGAGCCUUUGGUGCCACCGCGUGAGCUGUUGCCUGGCGAGGAGCUUGUCAAAAUUGAGGAGGGCUGUUGUCCCACUCAGAAGAUUGUUUGCAAGCCGGAGAAAUGUCCUCCGGCACCAGCCAAAUGCCAACAACGCUUCUACGAGGUCUACACACAGCAGGAAACAGGCGUUUGUUGUGCCACACACAAAUGCGUGCCACCGAAGCAAUUGUGCAUUGUGCAGUACGAAGUGGAUGAUUCAACCAGUUUUACCAAGCAAAUCGGUGACAAGUGGCUGCAUGCCAAGGAUGUGUGCAAGCUGGAGCAAUGCUCUUAUGGUCCCAAUGGCAAUGCACAGGUUGUAAGCACCCAGGAGACAUGUAAGACGGACUGUGCUCCUGGUUACAGCUACCAGAAGUUGGACAAGACUAAAUGCUGCGGCGAAUGCGUGCAGACAUCCUGUCUAUUUGAACAGAAACUGUAUGAGAUUAAUGCAGCGUGGAGUUCACCGGACAACUGUACGCACUACAUGUGCCUGAAGAAGGAUAAACUGCUGAUGGUCAGCUCCUCGAUCGAGGUCUGCCCGGAUGUCAGCCACUGUGCGCCCUCGAUGCUCUAUGUGGAUGGUUGUUGCAAGCUGUGUAAAUCGGAGCCAGUUAUCGAGGAUCUAUCUACUUGCUUGCCCGUUUCGCGUGCAGAGUCUCAAACGAAGGAGCUGUUGAAGUUUACCAAACCUGGUCAUGGUCUUUGUGUUAACGCCGAGACCAUUAAGGGAUUUACGGACUGCGAGGGCACCUGUAGUUCUGGUUCCAAGUACAACACUAUCACCGAUGUGCAUGAGAAGUUCUGCACCUGCUGCAACAUCAAAUCCUAUCAAUCGAUCUCAGUGAAAAUGGUCUGCGCAGAUGGACAUACGUAUACUCAGCGCCACGAGGUACCUUCUAGUUGUGGAUGCUCGCCGUGCACUGAAUUCUCAGAGAGCAUGAUAGAUGUGCGAAUACAAGGAGCACAGGAUGUGCAAAUGCCAUUGCUGCAGUUACUCGGCCAACGCUAUUAAGCACUAUAAGGACUAUAAGUAUUAGUUACAAAUCGAUUAAUGCAUUCAAUAAAGAGAAUAUUAAAAAAACUGUAAA